AUGCAUGUGGAGAGUGGUGCAAUUGUAAAUCAAGGAGCUUAUGCAGAAUUGAGAGUGCAAUCAGAGACUGUUAAUUUUCAAGAUCCACCACCACCUUACACCCCACCAGUGGAAGGUCCAACAGUGACCAGCCAACCUAUCAUCCAUCAGACUAUCAUACUACAGGUGCCUCUAAGAAGUAACCCAGUGUACUACACCUGUGAUUCAUGUCAUGAAAGAGUGUACACUAAAGUCAAAUAUGUGAACUCUCGUAAAACUCACCUGCUGGCUGGGUUCAUUUGUGGUUUCACAUGUUGGUGCCUGAUUUGCUGCUUAGGUGCAAUUCCUUAUCUUGUAAAAUCAUUCAAGAAAGCUGAACAUUACUGUCCAAAUUGUGAUAAACUUCUCGGAACAUAUUCAAAGAUCUGAAACAGCUUGCUUCGAUUUUGUAAAUAAAACCUGAAAUACUUAACAA